ACACGCUAGUUGCUCACUAAACCUUGGACGUGGUGGAACUGAUUGCGCAGUGGAACAAAACGCGGAUCUUCAUUAAAAAAAAGAAGCUAAAUAUAUAUAUUUAAAAAAAUUAAAUUUGUAAUAAAUUAUCAGAGCAAUGCCAAAAGUAGCGCCAAAAAUUAAAUUAAGCAAUGGCCAGGAGAUGCCCAUACUGGGCUUGGGAACCUGGAAAUCGUAUGAAUCGGAAGCCUAUCAAGCGACCUGUGAUGCCAUCGACAUCGGCUACAGACACAUUGACACCGCGUUCGUCUACGAGAACGAGCAUGAGGUGGGCAAAGCGAUACGAGAGAAAAUCGACCAAGGCGUGAUCAGACGUGAGGAUGUAUUCGUGACCACCAAACUGGGCGGCAUUCAUCACGAUCCUCCGCUGGUGGAGCGCGCCUUUCGCAUGAGCUUGAGCAACUUGGGCCUGGACUAUAUUGAUUUGUAUUUGAUGCACAUGCCAAUUGGCCAAAAGUUCCACAACGAUAACAAUGUGCAUGGCACCUUGGAGCUAACGGACGUCGAUUACUUGGAUACCUGGCGGGAAAUGGAGAAACUUGUUGAUCUCGGACUGACACGCAGCAUUGGCCUAUCUAAUUUCAAUGCGGCCCAAACAUUGCGUGUGCUUGAAAAUUGUCGUAUUAAGCCGGUGGUCAAUCAAGUCGAAUGCCAUCCCGCCUUCCAGCAGGAGCAACUGCGUCAACAUGCCAAACAGCAUGGCUUGAUCAUCUGCGCUUACUGCCCACUGGCGAGGCCACAGCCUGCGCGCCACUGGCCGCCCUUCCUCUACGAUGAGCGUGCGCAGCAGUUGGCCAAGAAAUAUGGUCGCAGCAGCGCACAGAUUUGCCUGCGUUAUCUCAUACAGAUUGGCGUUGUGCCAUUGCCGAAGUCUUCAAAUAAAAAGCGAAUUGAGGAGAAUUUCAAUGUUUUCGACUUCGAGCUGCAGCAGGAGGAUCUGGCCCUCAUGCAGAAAUAUCAUACAGGCGUCCGCACAGUGCCAUUUAGCGGGAUGUCCGGACAUAAAUAUUAUCCAUUUAACGAUCAAUUCUAGGUUUUACUUACCGCAUAAGCUUGCUUAGUAUUUUUUUAUUAAUAAACACAAAACACAGGGUUGUAUUGCAAACAACAACUUGCUAAUCAGCUUGUA